AGAAAUUCAGAUUUCGCUUGUCAUCCAAGUUCAUCGUUUGGAUAUUGUAAAACAAAGUUAUAAACAAUGGCUUUAUUAGAUUUUUGCCGUCUGGACGAGAAAAUUAAUUUAAAACCUGUCGAUUCACUUGCUUCAUUUAAAAACGAUGUCAUUGGGUAUAGUCAAAAUUUUAUUAACAGCGCUCAACUAGCGAUUCCACCGUUUGCAAAUCCAGUAGAAACUUUAGCACAGUUCAAUACUAAAGACGAGACCGGACGGGACAUAAAAAUUGAAUUCGAUCACGGUACUACCACUCUUGGAUUCCGGUAUAAGGUAAAAACAAAAUGUAUUAAAGUUAUAAUGUAAAACUGGCGUAAUUUCUUAGUAUUAUAAUAAGUAAAUAGCGAAUUUAUUUCAAAAUAAUAAAUUUAAUAAGCUGCUGAACCAUGGACAUAAACAAUUUGCAUAUAAAUCCCAAUAUGCCACAUCUUACAUGGUCACAAUUAUCAUUUAAAAAUAUAUAAAGGAUUUUAUAUAAGCAAUAUGAUGGGGCCAAGUUAAAAGAUGUCCUUAGCUGUUCAGCAUGUAUGUGUAGGUAUAUGGAUAUAAUAUAAUAUCCUCCAGACUGAAUAUCGGUCACGGCGGCCAGGUUCAAUGAAGAGGAGCCAUCUGCACAAGACAGGAUUAUAGUGUCCAAGUGUAUAGGCAAACACAGGUGCACUCUCUAUUGACUCACUCUAAUAGUCCAAUGAGUAACUUGUCUAGAGCGGAGAGAGACCAGGGCAUGGGAUUGAAACUACUAGUGAAAAUUUCUUGACAUAAAACCCCAAUAAUUGAUUUUGGCCCAAACUGUGAUUCGAACCCAAAACCUCAUGACCAGCCAAGAUUACGAUCACUAGGCUGACGAGGCAGUCAUAAGUGUCUUAUUUUGUUUUGAGUCUCAGUGGGUAAUUGAUUGUUGAAGGUCAUUGUUUGUUAAUGAUUUGUGAAAAAAAUGAAAUCUCAACAUCAGUGCACGUGCAGUUUAGAAAAUGGAGAAUCCAACUCAUCUCUCGAAAGGGAAUUUGGGGUUGGUCACUCGACAAUCUCAAUGAUUUGUAAAAACAAAUUUAUUAUUAAGAAUUUAAGUUACUUUAAUUAAAGAUUUUUCUCUAUUCAAAUAAAUACAUACUAACAAAAACUGGAGAUUGUUUAUUUUCUACAAAAUGAUUUAUAUGACGUCCGCUUAGUAUGACGUGUUUGUUAUUUCCCUUCAAUGUCAUUACAAACGGAUUCCACUGUAUAGUCUCUGCCCAUCACUCUGGGUGGCAGGUCUAUACUAGGUGUAUCCUAAACUACUCUGGCGUAAAAUUAAUGACAUUACACAUUAUAAAAAACCCAAGGCGUCUAGUAUACACCUACUGCAUAUCACACCACAUCCUCUUGACUCUUUAAACCGUGUAAACCAAUUCUUCGCAACUAUUGGAAAAAAACUUGCGGAUGAAAUCAUAACCCUAACUGGACAAGCAUCUAGAUCUGUCACUUACUUAAAUUCACUAUCUCAAAUUAACUCGUUCGUCCUACUUGAGACAGAUCCGGCAGAAGUGGAUAGCAUACUUGGAUCACUUGACUCAGAAAGUGCUUCGGGGUGGGAUUGCAUACCUGUGGGUUUCCUUAAAUUAUCUCGAGAACUAGUUGUUCCUCUUAUUAGCCAGUUGAUUAAUAUGUGUUUCGAAACGGGCGUAUUUCCUGAUGCGCUAAAACGUUCUAUAAUUACGCCCGUGCACAAAGAUGGGGACAAGAGUGAUGUUAACAAUUAUCGGCCGAUAUCUGUCUUAACAUCCCUUUCAAAAAUAAUAGAGAAAAUAUUAAACAAAAGGCUAGUAAGUUAUUUAAAUAAAUACAACAUUAUUUCAGAUUCACAAUACGGUUUUAGACAGGGACGGUCAACUCAGGAUGCGAUCAUUGCGUUAACAUCUGAAAUCGUUAAUAAGAUAGACAAUGGUUAUAAAUGCGUUACGGUGUUUCUAGACCUGAAAAAGGCUUUUGACACUGUAUCUGUUCCCAUCCUUGUGCAGAGACUUGAAGCUAUAGGGAUAAGAGGUAAAGCUCUCUCCCUCUUUGACAGCUACCUCCGAGGUAGGAGACAGUAAGUUAAAAUAGAUAACUUGCUUAGUGAGGAGGAAAACAUUAUUUACGGUGUCCCACAGGGCUCGGUUCUCGGCCCAUCACUGUUUCUAGUGUAUAUUAAUGAAUUAUGCAACCUACGAAGCAGUGGUGGGAAAACCUUCUCCUACGCGGACGACACGGCCAUCGUUUACAUUGGGGACUCGUGGGAAGAAGUAUGCAAUAAUGCCGAGCAAGGAUUAGUUGUUAUAGAUAGAUGGCUCAAAGCCAGUCUGCUAACCAUUAAUGUGAUUAAAACGAACUACAUUUGUUUUUCUCCUAGUUUAAGAUCUAAACCAGGCCAAAAUUUUAAAAUUAGAAUACACACGUGUGCGGACCACUUGAACCAUAAUUGUAAUUGCCAGGUCCUUAAACAUAUAACGUCCACAAGAUACUUGGGAAUUAUAGUUGACGAGUGUUUAACUUGGCAUUCGCAUAUUGAGAUUGUUACAUCACGGGUGCGCAAAUUUAUAUGGAUUUUUAAAAAUUUAAGAUAUGUGAUGCCUCAGAAGACACUAAAUAGCAUCUAUAUUAUGCUUACGCAAUCAGUUCUUACAUAUUGUUUACCAGUCUGGGGAGGAGCCACUAAAACUAAAUUCCUUGAGUUAGAAAGAACCCAAAGGUCACUUAUAAAAGUAAUGUACUAUAAACCAUACAGAUACCCCACCGACGAUCUAUAUAGAAUCAGUGGCUUACUUUCAAUUAGAAAACUAUAUUACUUAAUUACGGUCCUAUACUUACAAAAAUCUAUUCCAUUUAACCAAGACAGUCAGGAGAGGAGACGAAAAGACAUAGUGGCUUACUCCCUAAGGGUCCGAACCGCUUUUGCACGGCGUCAGUAUGCAACCCAAUCAGUCUAC